CGAAGUACUAGAGGAGCCGAGUCAUCUAUUACCACAAGUCUCGUACUACUCUCCCCCGCAGCCGCUAUAACUUAUUCUUCAAGAUCUGCAACAGAACCGUUUUCUAUACUAUAAGUAUUCGACAUUAAUUGAAAUAAUCAACAAUUUACCCAGAGCCGUCUUAUCAUCGACAUACCACACAGCCGACACGAUCUCGAGGAGGAGUGAUUUUAUCUCUCCCCAGUGAUCGUUCAUCCUGAUAAACCCAGCGCAUGACCUUGCUCCAUGUCUACUUUGCACUACGCAAGCAGCAAUCCUUUCACCGCCUGCUCAAUGGCGGUCCUGGACAACCUUCCACCUCUGUCAGCACCAGUAGCGGAAAAUCAUGGAAGCGUGCGGGGAUACUGAACUCAGGAAUGGCGCUCGAAAUAAAUGCCCUCGAUAACCUUGGCAGGUCGGUCCUGCAUCUGGCAUGCACCUCCACUGAGGCUUCAAGCCUGGAGUACGUCCGCAUGCUCCUUGCCCACCCAAGUAUCAACGUGAACAUCCUGGACAAGGAGAAUCACUGGACGCCCUUACACAGGGCGCUAUAUGUGGGAAACAUCUCUACUGCUAUCCUUCUAUUGAAGCGCCUGGAUAUCGAUACGUCGAUCAAGGAUUUAGAAGGGUAUACUGCUCACGACCUUUACAACUCAACUGUGAGAUCUGCAAAUCCUACCGAGGACGAAGAGACUCUUGCCGAGCUGUUUACCUGGGGUACGAACAGAAAUGCAGCAUUGGGGCUGGGCGAUGGAAAUGAUAGGGCAUACCCGGAUCAGGUCAUAAUUCCCCGUAAGGACGAUGCAGCAUACCAGCACACCAGGACCCUCGACGACCGCUUCGCCCCAAUCCAUGUCCGGCAAGUGUCGAUGUCCAAGCUUCAUACAGUCGUGCUCACCUCCGAGCCUCGGGAUAACAUCCGUGUGUGCGGCUUUGGUGGUGGAGGACGUUUGGGUCAAAGCCAACAUACACAGUAUGCCCUCACGCCCCUUCCUGACAUCAAACACACCAUUGAGUCCGUCGCGCUUGGCCAAGACCACACCCUCAUACUCACUUCGACCGGAGAAGUUCUCACCUGGGGACUCAAUCGCUUUUCUCAGCUUGGAUACGUCAUCGAGGUCUCAUCCUCCGCUAAACAAGACGAGCACAUCCAGGCUACCCCACGGAAAGUCGGUUCCUUGAGGAGAGAGUUUGUGAAAGGUGUUGCAGCGUGCAAGACCGCCUCUGCUUGUUGGACAGAUACGGAAGUAUGGACGUGGGGCACGAACGGCGGGCAACUUGGGUACGACAAGGCAUUGGUACCCGUCCAAGUGCUCCCUCGUAAAGUCUCCUGCAUAGUGAAGCCUGUUCGCGCAAUAGUGAUGACAGAAACCCUCAUGGCAUGUCUGUUUCUCACAGGCGAAGUCGUAUGUGUUUGGUCUGGAGGGGUUUCAAAGAUCAGUUUCCCCACCCAGAGAUUCCCUUCAGAAAUCUCUGUCUACCGGCCCCCGCAAGCAAUCAAGGGUCAGACCAUCAUAAAGCUCAGGAGCUGCGACGAUACCAUCGCCGCCCUCUCAUCGAAUGGGGAAGUAUUCACUUUUACUUCACAACCUAUUGGAGAAAGCGACUCCGCAAAGAGUUCCCCUGCUUUCAAGCCUCAACGCAUAUGGGCCCUAAGACGUCAGUUCAGUGCUGUACAGGAUGUUGACAUUGGGGCCGAUGGAAAUGUCAUAGUCUGCACCCAGUCUGGACAUGUUUACGUUCGCUUGCGGAGUGCCAAAGGAGGUCAAGGCCCCGGUGCCAAAGCAUUCAAAUUCCAGCGCAUACCGUACAUCCAGCGUGCUGUUGCUGUCUGUGCAAACAGCACAGGGGCGUUUGGGGUUCUGCGUGUUGACUUUAAUCCACUGCCCAUCAUCGUCACGGCGCGUUCAUUUUCAUGUGACAUUACUAAGAUUCAGCCAUACCUAGGUCCGUCAUCGCGUGCGGAGGCACCAUCUACUAUACCAAACACGACGACACCUCUCUUGGAUGCUGACGAAGAUAGCGAGGACUUAUCGAUUCAAGAUGAUAUCGGGGAUCUCUCGAAGCUGCUUCAGGUUCUAGACCAACGCAAGAACGCGCCAGAUAUCGCCUUGCCCCAUCAUGCCGACGUAGUUGUUGUCACUCCCGGUCCACUGUACCUUCCGGCUCACCGGCUUAUUCUCGCUGUGAGAUGUCCGGUAUUAGGUGACAUGUUGCAUACCGGACGUCCGUUACAUGAUAAAUCUUCAGGAAUUGAGAUCAGUCUUGUCCCAGGAGACACAGUCCACAUUCAAAUAAUCGGAUGUCAUCCUUUCACGGUCCUUAUCCUCCUUCGAUACUUGUACUCGGACCAGCUUCUCGCCAUCUGGGAUUUACGCAUCGGAACCCCCUUUGUGUCCCAAUUUCAAACAUUUUCUGUGAAGCCUGUAGCAAUCAAGGCCGAACUUCAAUCACUCGCACGUAUAUUCAAUCUUCAACUUCUUUUGAAAGCACUUCAAUCGCCAGGGAAGCGGGUCCCCACUCCUUCACAGUCAGAAGACUUUCGCCUGCUCUACCAGAGAACCCAGUUAACUGGGCGUUUACGGCAUAAUACAAAAGAAGACUCCCUUGCGCCCGACGUCGCGCUCCACCUCGCCGACCAGGUCGUCGUUUGGAGUCAUUCAGUGGUGCUACAAGCCCGUUGUCAAUUCUUCGCCAGCUUCUUUGAAGAUAGUGUAUGGUCAUCUAAGCGUCGUGAUAAGUCGGGUAUCAUCGAUGUUGAUCUCAAGCACUUGGAGUGGCAGGUCAUGCAAUAUGUCGUUCGAUGGAUAUGUUAUGGAGAUGAGAACUUAUUUGAAUCUCUUGACUUCGUGCAAGGAGUAGACGACCUGCUAUCCUUCAUGUUCUCUGUUCUUUCCGCAGCGAAUGAACUUUUACUCGAUCGCCUGAUGCUUCUCUGUUCACAAGUCAUUUUGAAGCAUCUCGAUGUUUAUAAUGUGUGCUAUUUGCUUACUGACGCAACGCACAUCAACGCGACCCAUCUCGUUGAACGCCUGCAAAGUUACAUCACUGCAAAUCUGGAGAUGAUGCUAGAAGGUCACAUGCUCGAGGACCUCGACCCUUCCAUUGUGCGGCAGCUUUCUGAGUACAUCCGUAGCGCACAGAUGACGAAGUCCCUGGUCUCUCGUUCUAACUUACUAGCGAACCAAGCGCUGCGGAAGCAUGCCGAAUGGCUUGCUCAACAGGAUAUUCCAGUCAUCUUUGAACCUGUAGACAGGCCACAGGUUCACAGGGAUUCUCUGAAGUCACUGACUGCGGGCUCGAUCAAAACUCGCUCUAUUUCGAGUCUAUCUGUGCAUGCGGCGGCAGAUCCGCGCAAGGCUACUGAUGGCGGGCCGUCAGGAGACGAGCUGUUCGUGAUGGACGAAGUACCCUCGUCAGAUAUCACUCCUAAUCAUCCGGUACCCGUGGCUGCUGAACCGUCUGGACCAGUACCAGUAUGGAAACGGCCCAUCUCCGCUCCCAGGACCGAUCUCAAAGCCAUUAUGGCAGAGGCUGAAAACACCAAAACAUCUGGUGUUGCGAAUAGAGCAACACGCGGUGCUAUAGCCAAACCUAGUUCGGAGUCUUUGACACAAGUAGCUACGUUACAGCGUAGGACCGUAGGCUCGCCAAAGCCUGACGCGUCACCGACACCACGUCGAACGCUGUCCGAUCUUGACUCGGGAAAGUCAUCGCUUCCCGAAUUAUCCGCCACCGUGAAGCCAACGCAUGCGAGAACACCUCAGCGGCCAGUUCCUCAAGCCGUACCUUCAUCUUCGAAGCCCCAGCCGAAUGCAUCUUCACUCGGACCCGUCUUUUCCCCCGUUCGACAGGUGCCUUCGACAUCCAGUUCACCAGGUCCCCGACGUGUUUCGAAUACGGGUGCCGCAUGGACACUUCCGCCUGUUCAGCCGGUGGUGCAAUCGAGCGUUACAGAAUCAGCCUCGCUUUCAUUUGCUGAGAUACAACAGUUACAGCUUCUGCAGGGCAUGCCUGCACCAAAGGACAAGCGAUCGCUUGUCGAGAUUCAAGAAGAGGAGCGAGCCAUCCAACUAGAGGCAGACUUUAUGAAAUGGUGGGCGGCGGAAGAGGCGCGUACUCAAGAAGAAGCGCACAGUGCUUCUCAAACGCAAAUUCAACGUGCUACUCCUCCUAGGAGCAAGAAUCGAGGAGGGAAGAAGCAAUCUUACAAUACUCGCUCGAAGACUGGUGAAGCACACCCUGCUCAGGGUUCCAGCCGUUCCAAGGAGGGGGGGAAGUACUCCAUGGUACCGGAAACUGCUGGUGCAAUGCCGCAGGUUGGAGGAUCCAGCCCAAAGAGUCGAAGGAGACAGGACGCUGCUGGGUCGGCGGUCCACGAUUCUAUCCAUGUUCAACGGUCGAAGGGGCGGUGAACUAUGUAACAAGCCUCCAACCAGCGAACUUAUAGCAAUGGUAUGGACUAUGGGGACUGUCGAAAGGAAAGUAUGAGCGCCAAAGCGAUACCCAAUGAUCUGAAGUUACGUAGAAGCACGCGGGCGAAUGCCAGGAACUUUGUACACUGGUACACACUCUGACCUGACUACAUAGAUUCUGUUAAACUGUCCAUAUUGUAAACGGCGUCCUCACGCACAAUAUACAUCUGUUUCAAUGCAGUUCA